CCCUACCUUUCUUAUUUCUCCCUCUUUCCCCUCUUCUUUCUUUCUCUUACUUCUCGUCCUCUCUCUCAGUCUCUCACUCUCUCCUCAAUGGCAAAACCAGAUCAAACCACUACUCUCUUUCUCUCUCUGCACCAUUUUUAUUGCCUUCACUAACCUCCAUUGUUUCUCAUCAAUGGCGUCUUCUCCUUGCUCUUCCACCUCCUCUUUCUUAGACGAAUUUGACGACGAUUCUCUCCUAAUUCGAAGAUGGCGUACCCCAGAAACCAAAGGUAUUGUCACACUGUCCUUGAAAAGGGUUCAGAAGCUGAGUUUUUUUGAAGAGUUGGGUUCUAAAGCAAUGGUUGCUUUUGCUUUUUACCAGAAUGAAGCUGAGGUUGGGGAGGCACUUGCUGAAGCAAUUCAAGUUGGGCUUGUCAAAAGGGAGGAUCUUUUCAUAACCACUAAGCUGUGGAGCUCUGACCAUGGACAUGUACAUGAAGCGUGCAAAGACAGUUUGAAGCAACUUCGACUUGAUUAUAUGGAUUUGUACCUAGUUCACUUACUUGUAGCCACAGAGCAUACUGAUCAUGUAGGAAUAAUGCAAAAAUUUGUUUAACUAAGAUAUGGGGCUGCUUCUGUGCUGGCGUGCUGCUCCUUAUAUGCGCUGCUGCUGCUGUUCUGCGCUUCUGCUACUGUGUAGCUGCAUAUUUUUUUUACCUUGUAUUUUAUUUUAAUUUUUUAGACAAAAAUUGUAAUAUUACAGCAUUUUUUUUAUGAAAA